AAGUAGCAGCACAGAAGCGACCUCGUGAAGUGUAUCUAAACAACCAAUAGUAAUUAUCUUGACUAACGUUGACUACAGAAUUACCUUCAGACAUUUUAAUAAAUUCUUGCUGACAACAUUUCCAGUUAACAGGUCACAAGGCAUUAGUAUCAGAAUGGAAUCCCAAACUACCUCCCUUGUUAAUUAUAACUCACCUGCUGGCUCACCUGGGGUUCAUAACCAGCUGCCACAGAGUACAUCACUGCAGCCAUCACCACACAUCAACACAGAACAAAUUGAGCUGUCACCAAGAACUGUUGGUAUUCUGUCUGAGGUUCCUGAAGAAACAUUAAAGACAAAAAAUCCAUUAGAGAGCCUAGUGAACCCUUCUCUCCCAUCUGAGCUGGGUGAGGCAGAGUGUGCUGUGUUGCGUGGUGAUGCUAUUGGAAACACUGCUUAUACUCAUCGCUGGGUUCUAAAUACCCUUCUGACAAUUACACAGGCCUUGCCACGCUACCUCACUACUGAUGACAAAACAAUUGGGGAAACUACAAGUAAUUGUCCAGAAGCUACAAAUGAAGAUGUGGGAAUGGAAAAUUUUGAAAAAAAGCCUGUUGAAGAGGAUACAGCAGAGAAGAGCGAUAGCAUCCUAGAGUUGGCAGAAGAUGUAGAGAAUGCUGCCUGCCAGUUGUGGGACAUGACAGCAGAGCCAGAUGUGGUGGAUUACCUUUUAGGUUUAAGCGUUGUGGACAUUUUACAUCUGGCCAAAGAUAUCAUCACACUGUCUCGAGCACCUCGGCUUACCGAGGUUGUGGUUGGUGUGGUAGCCAACCUGUGCUGUCAGUCAGUCGGCUGUGAGAAAGUGAUAGGUCAUCGUCUGCUACUCAACUCCUGCUUGACGCUCAUGCACACCACAGAUGAUGUGCCCACCCUUAUAGAAGCUUUCAGAUUCUUGAGACUCUUAAUCUGGCACUUAACAUAUCGUAUGGCUCCACAAGAUCGCUCUCAGUGCCCAAUCAUGAUUGCCUUGAAGAGUCAUGAGUCUCUUAAAGAGGCCUUGGUGUUUAUGUUAAAGAAUAGCCUUAGUGAUUCUCUCCUGGGUGCUCUCUCAGAAUUCUUGGAGGCAUUAAUGUAUAUCUGGCUCCCCAAUGAUCAGUGUUAUAUGGCAGCUUACUACUCAGAGUCAGGUUUGGUUGAGGGUGUUGUGGAGGUGAUUAGACACUUCUUGAAGCAGUGGGAGAAAAGCAGUGGCCAGGAGCUGCCGAAGAUUGUUCAUCGGGGUGUUCUUAUUCUUUACAGCUUUGUGGCCACACCUGCAGUGGACAUCAUAAGCAGUUUUGACCGGUAUGAGUCCCUCCUGGAGCCCAUCUUGGUGAGCUAUGUUGAGCACUUGGCCAAGGUGGAAAGUGUUGAUGAGCUGCUAGAAGGGGAGAGUGCAGAAAGGCUGACGUAUGCCUUGGGUCUGAGUGAGCUGCUGGUGCCAACUAUGAGACAUCCAAACAUAUUACUGACUGUGGGAAAAUUGUUGGCCCUCACUCAAGAAGCAAGUCAUCACUACACUGCAAUACAUAACCAGGCUUUACAAGACCCAAGCGAAAAAAACAAAGCCGAGAACCAGAGCUCUAAGAUGCGACGGAGGAGAAUCAGCAGAAGUAGAAGCAGAAGGAGCAGAACCUCACAGGAAGAAAACAUGGAAACAGAUAAUCCUGUAGUGGAGCAGAAACAAAGGGAGUUAGUGGGGGAGGGAGUACAUAGUAGUGUUGUAAAUAAAGAGAGUGAUUGUAAGGAAGUAACACUUCAAAAUACAGAGAGUAGCGAUGCGAGUUACGACAAAAAUAAAAGAGAGAUUUGUGAUAGUACUACUCCGUUAGAGAAAGUAGUAUAUGAGGGUAGUAGUAGUAUUUGUGGGGACAGUGGUACUAGUUCCAUGUGUAAAGAUGACUCUCCUGGAAAUAAUGAUGUAAGUGCAAAAUUAAGAAGCAUAGUGGAUAGUUUAAUUGAUUAUUGUGUUCGUGUGGUACGCUGCUGCCCUGACCUACGUGCAGUGCUAACAACACUAAAUGAAUGCCAUGUUCAUGAAGUGCAAUUGUUUUUAAGAGCUGUGCGUUCAAGAGAACCCAAACUUGUGGGCCAACUGCAGGAACAAUUACUUGAUACAGGAUCUCACAAUCGUCUUGUUACUAUAUUGUCUGAUUUGUACACCUGACAGAACACUUACCGGUAAGUAAGGGAAAGGUAAAUAUUAGUAGUGUGUCAGUAAGUUGAUGCAGAGUAAUAGAAAAAUUUCUAAUUGGGUGUUGAACAGUCUGAGCUGAUUAUGUGUGACAUUUACUUUUCCCAGGCACUUGAUUUACGAAGUGUACUUGUCCGCAUAUUUUUUUUUACUUGGAUUUAAUUUGUUGGCCAGGUUUGUUUUAAUUUUUAUUUUAUUUUAUGGGAAAACAGAAAUAAACAUUGUACUCUAC